UGAGUAUCCAAAACCUCAAAUGCCAAAUAUGGUCCAAAUAGGGGGCAUCAACUGUGCUAAGAAGGCCCCACUGACAAAGGAGCUGGAGGAGUUUGUGGACGGUUCUGGAGAGCAUGGGUUUGUGGUCUUCACUCUGGGCUCCAUGGUGUCCCAGUUACCCGAGGCCAAAGCCAGAGAGUUCUUUGAGGCAUUCAGGCAGAUACCUCAGAGGGUGCUAUGGAGGUACACUGGACCAGUCCCUGAAAAUGCUCCAAAGAAUGUCAAACUUAUGAAGUGGCUGCCACAAAAUGAUCUCUUGGGCCAUCCUAAGGUUAAGGCUUUCAUUACACAUGGUGGAUCACAUGGAAUCUAUGAAGGAAUGUAUAACGGGGUGCCAAUGGUGAUGCUUCCUCUGUUUGGUGACCAAGGGGAUAACGUUCAACGCUUAGUGUCUCGAGGAGUUGCAGAAACCCUGAGUAUCUAUGAUCUGACCGCAGAAAAACUGCUGGUUGCAUUGAGAAAGGUCAUCAGUUAUAAAAGCUACAAGGAGAAGAUGACCGAGCUUUCAGCUAUUCAUAGAGACCGUCCCAUUGAGCCUUUGGACCUGGCUGUGUUCUGGACUGAGUUUGUUAUGAGACACAAAGGGGCAGCACAUCUUAGACCUGCAGCCCAUGAGCUGAACUGGAUUCAGUAUCAUUCUCUGGACGUCAUUGGCUUUCUCCUUCUCAUUCUAGUGACAGUUAUUUUUGUGACUGUCAAAAGCUGCAUGUUCUGUUUCAGGAAGUGUUUCAAGAAAACUCAGAAAAAGAAGAAGGAGUAGAUUUUUUUAAGUCAUCAUUUUGUAAUGUCUGUUUUUGUGGGGUGAUUGUUUAGAGACUUGUUUAAUCUGUGAUUUUAUAAACUGAAUACCUCUAUUCCCUGGGUCAGUGACUUGAAUAAAGCCUCACAAAACCUGAACGUGUCAGGUAAACAUUUA